AUGGAUGUUGAAGAAGACUUGCUGAUAGUUGACGAGGUCGGCGUCUCUAGUCAACAAGCAGGGCGCGAACAAACUUCCGCACGGCCCGUGUUUUCAGACCCUGAGAGGAUCUAUUGUAGAGUGGCGGAUCCCGGCCAGGAAAGACUCUGCCGAAGCGAAGGCUCGGGUGGAUAUUCGUAUGCGGACGCGGUUCGGGACCGGAAUUCGGAUGUCGCCCGGCGAAAAUCUACAAUUGGCGCCCAACGUGGGGCUUCUUUUUCAAACAUUACAGGUUUUAGGUGCAGCAGGAGCCAAGGUGAUUCUCCAAAUUUUUUAGGUGACAGGUACGAAGAAAAGCCGCGCAUUGAUUUUUUAGCGAACAAUUUAGGUAACAGGUUUAUCCCCACACAGGAUAUUUCAGGUUUUAGGUGCCAGGGUAAUCCAAAGUUGCAGGAGUUCGGACUGAAUGAGCUGCGAUUAGCGUCCAGUAGAUCAGCGUCAAUCAUUAGAAAAACCGAACACGAUCGACGGCGAAAUAAAAUUUUAGGUAACAGCAACAGGUGCAGAGCGACCGAGCGAGAGAGAGACACAGUUGAACACGAGUCGACGUGUGACAGUCGGGAACCGCUUCAUUCAACUGGUGUGAAGUCUCAGAAAAGUUUGAGAUAUGUGCCAGGUACAAUAAUUGAAGCUUCACAGGUUCUCUGGGAUUUAACAGGUUUAGGUUACCAAGGGCUGGUAUCUAAGCUAGAAGAUCGUUUUGGAACAAGAGGUCAUGAAGAGUCAUACAGGUACAAAUUACAGAUUCUUCGUCGAAAACCUGGAGAGCAGUCAAGAUUAGCUACACAUCUAGCUAGGAACUUUUUCUUGUCAGCCCUCGAUAAUGCUGAAUUAGAGUUAAAGGUUAGGGAAAAAGAACCAAAGAACAUUGACGAUGCUCUUAGGUUUAACCCGCAGGUUAAAGAUUUACAAGCAGGAGCAGAAAACAUGGAGUCGAUGGUACGACAGAUUGCGUUCCUUCAAAAGUCAUUCGAAGAACUCAGAAAUAAAAGAGCGCAGCCAACGGUAUCCCGAGUUGAGCGAGAAAAAAUUUGUUUCAAUUGUAAGAAGCCAGGAGUGCCCGCAGAAAAGAAUGACAAGCAGCACAAGUCAAUUGAAAGCAGCGAUCGUGUCAUGUAUCUGCCAACAAUCACAAUUAAUGGCAAAAGAAGAUUAGGUUUACUUGAUAGUGGCAGUAGUGUAUCCAUUGUUCCAACGUCUAUGGUUGAUAUCACAAAGGUCAGACCGACGGAAAAGAGAUUGAAAGCUGCCAACAACACAGAAAUUCCAGUCAAAGGAGAAAUGAAGUUGCAAAUUAAAGUUGAUGAUUAUUCCAAAUCAGCGUUGGUAUUGGUGUCUGAUCAUGUUUCAGAAAUUGUUUUAGGUUUAGAUUGGCUCAGGAACAAUCACAUCUUGUGGAAGAAGCUUUGUCGUAUUGAAGCUCACGCAGAAGUGCGCAUCCCUGCGCGGACUGAAUUAGACGUGCCAGCAAAGAUGAUUGUUCGCCAGCCGUCCAAGUUGGAAUCGACCGAAUUUAUGUGUUCGAAAAACAGACAAAUAGAAUCGGGUGUAUAUGUAGCUAGAACGUUACUGUCUAUAAAAUAUGAAGGACAGUGUGUUAGGAUCUUGAAUGUCAACGAUCAACCGAGGGUGAUAAACCGGGGAACGCGAUUGCCAGAUUUAUCAUCGGCUGUGGAAGCAAAAAAAUCAGUUGAUCGUCUAGCAUAUGAGAAUCUAACAGAAGUUACAGGUAUGGUUGAUGGAUUAGUAAAAGAUAUUUCUAAAAAAGCGAGAAAAGAGUUGAUUCAAAUACUUAAAAGUUUCUCAGACAGAUUCAGCUGUGCGAGUGGGGAAAUAGGUGCUGCAAAAGGAGUUUUUCAUAAGAUUGAUACUCAGGAUGCACGACCGGUAAAACAACAGCUGAGGCGACAUUCUCCGGCGCAUCAAAAGGUGAUUGCGGAACUGGUUGAGCCUGAAGACAUCGCAGAAGACGAUUCCAUAGGGAAGCCAACAGAAGCACCAUCACGAAGUAGCGACGAGUCGACCGAGUUGCUUGUCCAAACCUGGACAGGCGAAGAUACGCCAGAAUCUUUACCAGGACAGCCGGACAUCUCUUUGAAUACAUGCGUCGGUAUUGGGUCGAGUGAGCAUGACUUCGUAGGUGACGAAUUAACAACUUUAGAUAUCUGUUCUUCAGUCAACACUGGAAACGAUUAG